AUGGCGGCGAUAACUGGAAGCAACUCAACGCUGACCUCGCACAAGAAUGCGAAGGGGGUUCCGAUUAUACCACGCGUCACAACCUUCGUGAUUGAUCCCGAAGAUUCGCAAAUGCUCUAUGCUGGGAUUGAGAUUGAUGGUAUGCACCUCAGUACUGAUGGCGGCGAAACAUGGGUUGAGCGCAGCGAAGGUCUCAGUAGCCUUGAUAUUCACGGGCUCUGUGUAGUCCCUGGUUCACCCAAAACUAUCAUCGCUGCGACAAAUAACGAUGUUUGUGUAACUACAGAUAUGGGACAACAGUGGACGCCAUUAAAUGUCAAGGCACACUAUCCAUGGCCCUACUGUCGUGCUGCGUUUUUCCUCAAUGGUAAUGCGGGGUCGGGUCUUUAUCGGUGCUGGAAACGGUCCUCCCUGGCGAUCAAGGCGGGAUUUUCUCGACAAGCGAUGCUGGGAAGACGUGGAACCGAUCCGAUAUCGGUAGAACAGCAAAUAGCACAAUCUGGUGUUUUGCCCACAAUCCGCAGUUCAAUGACCUUCUUAUCGCUUGCAGUGUAA